CACAAACUGGAGGAUGCCGAUCAUGGCUUCUCUCUUGAAGUCAAAACUUCUUCUUUUACAUUGUACAUAUUUGUUUCUGAUGUCCAUGAUCGGCAGUUUCAUACUAUACACUAGAUCGACGCAGAUCACUGAUCUACCAUAUGUUGACGCGUUGUUCAUGAGCUUUAGUGCCAUGACAGGGACUGGACUCACCGUGCUGGAUCUCUCUACUUUGAAUGGAGUACAGCAAGGAACCUUGUUCAUGCUCUUGAUCUUGGGUCACUCGACUCUUAUUCACUCAGCCACCGCUUUUCUACGCGCCCUCGCCCUUCGUUCUACCCUGAAAGAUAACUCAAACAGAAGCGAAAGGUGGCAGGAUGUGAUUCACAAGCCAGACGUACCUCUGAAAGAAAAGCCGAUUGACAAGAGUCAUUAUGCUGCGACUUCACCUAAAUAUCCGACUCCAUUGAAAACACACAUUACAGGGAGGGAAAUAGAUGCAGACAUUCCAUCCCCCGAGGACCCUGAUGUUUCCCAAGGCACUUGCCGCUUCAUCAUCGUCACCGACUCAUCAUAUCUUGACUCGAGUCAACAAAUCAAGUCCAAAAAUAACAGUGGUCACCGACGAAGCGUUGGUGGUUUGAGAAUAUGCUCUUCUCGGGUUAUCGAUAGAUUGAAGAGCACGUGGCUGCGAAUCAAGGACCUGGCGCACUGGAACGGAUCAAUUGACCCCAAUGAGCCGGGCAGGAUAGAGUACCAAGCACUUAUAACAAUAUCAGUGCUCACGAUACUCUACACCACCGUGUUCCUUUUUGCCGGCAUUUUGAGUAUCGGACUUUGGAUGUCACUAUCACGUCCCGAUAUUCCACAGAUGGAAGGAAUUUCUCCUCUUUGGGCAGGCGCUUUUCUUGCCACAUCUUCAUUUGUAAACAAUGGGAUGUCACUUAUCGAUACCAAUAUGGCACCGUUCCAACUGGAACCUGCUCCACUUCUGAUCUGUGGAUUUCUCAUCCUUGCCGGAAACACGCUGUUUCCUUGUCUUUUACGACUUUUGAUAUGGACCAUCAGGAGCAUACUACCAGAUAAAACGAGGUGGAGGUCGUGGCAACGAACUUUCGACUUGAUUCUUACCCAACCUCAACGCGUGUGCACUUUUAUAUACCCUUCUUUGCAUACGUGGUUUUUGCUCGGUACAGUUUUGGUGCUGAAUGGUAUCAUGUGGGGAGCUUUUGAGCUUGCGUCUGUUCGCGAUGGCGAAAUCGCAGCCCUACCUUUCAGGUUCAGAGUCUUGGACGGACUUUUUCAGUCUUCCGCUGUGCGGGGUGGUGGAUUCUCUGUUGUGACAUUUGAAAAGCUGCCACAGGGGUUGCUCGCUGUCUAUCUCCUCAUGAUGUAUCUCCCAUUAUUUCCAGCGUCUGCUGCCCUUAGAAGCACGAAUUCCCAGCCAACUGGGCCAACAAAGAUCCCAUGCAUCGAAGCCGGUAUAUCAGACUACUGCUCCCCAGAUAGCGGUUCAAAAAUCUCUAUACUUGCCCGCAGUCAGUCCUAUAUUCAGUACUUUCGCGUCCAGUUGAGCUACGAUGUAUGGUGGUUAAGUCUUGCCGUGAUCCUCAUCUGUGUUGCCGAGGCCAAUCACUACGAUUCGCAACCCUUGGCCUUUUCUACGUUUAACAUUAUUUUCGAGGUUGUAUCCGCAUACAGCUACGUCGGUGUUAGUGUGGGAUACCCUGGCAAAAACUACUCUUUUUGCGGGGAAUGGUCCCCAUUCAGCAAAGUUUUGCUAAUUCUCAUCUCUUUCAAUGGUCGACAUCGCGAUUUAUUCGCUUCGGCUGGCAAUUCCAUCUGGCCGCGUGGGCAUGGGGAAGCAGCCGACGACGACGACACGAAGCUUCAAGAGAAAAAUGCUGAACAAGUCUCCUCUGCGACUAUCCGGCUCUAUUGA